GCCCAGAACAAAACACAAUCUCUCCGUUCCAGAUCAAUACGCUUCCUAAACCCUAGCAUAUUUGUUCUCUCUCUGUUUGCCGUCCGGCACUACGAAUCUCAGUUUCUCCGAUCAAAUAACAGUCGGAAAGUCUGAAACCAUGGCGUCGGCGGAUCAAACAGUGCUGCAGUUCGUACCUUUGUCUACCAGCCUGUCAGCCAAGGUUCAUCCUCUUGUGAUAUUCAAUAUCUGUGAUUGUUUUGUGAGACGACCGGACCAAGCUGAAAGAGUCAUCGGAACGCUUCUUGGAUCCGUUCUCCCUGACGGAACGGUGGAUAUUCGUAAUUCGUAUGUCGUCCCUCACAACGAAUCGUCUGACCAGGUUGCUCUGGAUAUUGAUUAUCAUCACAACAUGUUGUCGUCUCACCAAAAAGUGAAUCCAAAAGAAGUGAUUGUUGGAUGGUUUUCAACUGGAUUUGGGGUGACAGGUGGCAGUGCUCUUAUUCACGAGUUCUAUUCAAGAGAAGUUACAAACCCUGUUCAUCUGACUGUGGACACUGGAUUCACAAAUGGGGAGGCUUCCAUUAAAGCUUUUGUAUCUAUGAACCUGUCUCUGGGAGAUCAGCAACUUGCUGCUCAGUUUCAAGAAAUCCCUCUCGAUCUCCGUAUGGUUGAAGCUGAACGUGUUGGAUUUGAGAUUCUGAAGAGCACAGCAGUUGACAAACUCCCAAGUGAUAUGGAAGGCAUGGAAGCAAGUAUGCAACGCUUGCUAGCUUUAAUUGAUGAUACCUACAAAUAUGUUGAUGAUGUUGUCGAGGGUCGUGUGGCACCUGACAACACGGUUGGAAGAUUUAUAUCGGAAACCGUAUCAUCCGUUCCAAAGAUAUCACCACCGGCUUUUGAUAAGCUUGUCAAUGAUAGUCUACAGGACCAAUUGCUGUUACUGUACCUGUCAAGCAUAACAAGGACACAACUAAGCUUAGCAGAGAAACUCAACACUGCUGCCCAGAUCCUGUAAAAGUAAAAACCAGAAUAACCAAAUCUUGUUAUCUUCAAGAGAGAUUUUGUUUUUGUAAGAGGUUGUUAUUUUUACUGUUAGUCGAGUGAGUGAUUGUGCAAAUGAAAUUCAUAGAUGCUACUACUAAAUUCAUAUUAGUGGUCGUUUUACUUUUUGGAAGUUUUGGAUCAAAGUGUGUUAUCUUUUAUAUUGUUUGGCCAAGUAUGUUGAUUAUUUUUA